UGUUGGUGUCGCUUGAAAGCGAGCGUCGUUUUCAAGUCCUCUUCAGAACGCGCGUGCGCAGGAAAAGGGGAGGGGCUUGUUGAGCAUCCCCGAUAUGGCGGCGCCCGCUCUGUCCUUGCCAGGGGUGCUGCGCGCGGGCUUCAUUUUGACGCGCGGCAGAGCGGCUCUCCUCUCCGGGCCCUCCACACUGGGGCGAAGCUACGGCUCUGCGACAUCUCCGACCGGCGAGAAAGUGACUCACACGGGGCAGGUUUAUGAGGAAUAUGACUACAGAAGGAUUCGAUUUUCUGGGCGUCAAAAAGAGCUGAAUGAAAGCUUUGCCAUUGAUUUGAUUGCUGAGCAGCCUGUGAGCGAAGUUGAAAGCAGAGUCAUAUCCUGCGAUGGUGGUGGUGGAGCUCUGGGUCAUCCUAAAGUGUAUAUAAACCUGGACAAAGAUACAAAAACGGGAACAUGUGGCUACUGUGGACUUCAGUUUAAGCAGAAGCAUCAUCACUGAAGUGAAUUGUCUUAUGUCCUGCAGAGUUGUCAACCUUUCUGUGUUGUAGUAUUAAAUAAAUAUUUAAAAUACA